AACAAAACCAGCGGAACUCAAGUUCGAGGAAACACGUGACACCCGGAAGCGACGCACCACCGGAAGUGGCCGGAAGGCGCGGAGGGGACACCGGAAGUAGGGAGGCCACGCGGCGGCGCCGGGAUGGGGCGGCCCGGGAAGAGCCGGUUCCAGCGGCAGCAGCGGGCUCAGGCCCAGCAGCGCUCGGAGCAGGAGUUCGGCUCCGUCCAGCACUCCUUCGUGUUCCCAGCCGGGAUUUGGGGAUCGUUUGGGAUAUCUAUGCUAAUUUAUGCUAAUUUAUGCUAAUCCCAGAGCCGGUUCCAGCGGCAGCAGCGGGCUCAGGCGCGGCAGCGCUCGGAGCAGGAGUUCGGCUCCGUCCCGCACUCCUUCGUGUUCCCAGCCGGGAUUUGGGGAUCGUUUGGGAUAUCUAUGCUAAUUUAUGCUAAUUUAUGCUAAUUUCAGAGCCGGUUCCAGCGGCAGCAGCGGGCGCAGGCGCGGCAGCGCUCGGAGCAGGAGUUCGGCUCCGUCCCGCACUCCUUCCUGUUCCCAGCCGGGAUUUGGGAUAUUUAUUAUACUUUAUGCUAAUCUAUGCUAAUUUAUGCUAAUCCCAGAGCCGAUUCCAGCGGCAGCAGCGGGCGCAGGCGCGGCAGCGCUCGGAGCAGGAGUUCGGCUCCGUCCCGCACUCCUUCGUGUUCCCAGCCGGGAUUUGGGGAUCGUUUGGGAUAUCUAUGCUAAUUUAUGCUAAUUUAUGCUAAUUUCAGAGCCGGUUCCAGCGGCAGCAGCGGGCGCAGGCGCGGCAGCGCUCGGAGCAGGAGUUCGGCUCCGUCCCGCACUCCUUCCUGUUCCCAGCCGGGAUUUGGGAUAUUUAUUAUACUUUAUGCUAAUCUAUGCUAAUUUAUGCUAAUCCCAGAGCCGAUUCCAGCGGCAGCAGCGGGCGCAGGCGCGGCAGCGCUCGGAGCAGGAGUUCGGCUCCGUCCCGCACUCCUUCCUGUUCCCAGCCGGGAUUUGGGAUAUUUAUUAUACUUUAUGCUAAUCUAUGCUAAUUUAUGCUAAUCCCAGAGCCGAUUCCAGCGGCAGCAGCGGGCUCAGGCCCGGCAGCGCUCGGAGCAGGAGUUCGGCUCCGUCCCGCACUCCUUCGUGUUCCCAGCCGGGAUUUGGGGAUCGUUUGGGAUAUCUAUGCUAAUUUAUGCUAAUUUAUGCUAAUUUCAGAGCCGGUUCCAGCGGCAGCAGCGGGCGCAGGCCCGGCAGCGCUCGGAGCAGGAGUUCGGCUCCGUCCCGCACUCCUUCGUGUUCGCGCGCGGCCGCCCCGGGAGGAGCCUCAGGAGCCUCUGCCGGGACCUGCGCAGGGUCCUGGAGCCCUUCACGGCCAGGAGCCUGCAGGUGCGCCGGAGCAAUUCCCUGCGGGACCUGCUGGCCGUGGCCGGGCCCUUGGGCGUGACGCAGUUCCUGGCGCUCAGCAAAUCCCAGAGCGGCGUCAACCUGAAACUUUUCCGCCUCCCGGGGGGUCCCACCCUGACCUUCAAAGUGCUGCAGUACUCCCUGGUGCGGGACGUGGUCUCAGCCCUGCGGAGGCACCGCAUGCACGAGCAGCAGUUCCUGCACCCCCCCCUGCUGGUGCUGGGCAAUCUGGGGGCCCAGGGGGGGCCGGAGCUGAGGCUGACGGCCGGGAUGUUCCAGGGGAUGCUGCCCACCCUCAACGUCCACAGGGUGAACCUGAACUCCAUCCGCCGCUGUUUGCUGAUCUCCUACGAGGCCGAGUCGCGGCUGCUGGAGCUGCGGCACUACAGUGUCCAGGUGGUGCCCGUGGGGCUCAGCCGGGGGAUCCGGAAAAUUCUCCAGGAGAAAUUCCCCGACCUGGGCAGGAUGGACGACGUCAGCCAGCUGCUCACAGGGGACGCCGGGCUGUCCGAGAGCGAGGCGGAGCCGGACGGGUCCCAGAACGUUCUGGAACUGCCCCAGAACUGCGCCGGGCGCGGCAACGCCGUGACACUGCAGAGUGCCAUCAGACUGACCGAGCCCCCAAAGGUGAGGAGGAGCUGCGGGAGCUGCAGGUGCGGCGCGAGCGGCGGCUGCAGGUGAGGGCGGAGCGGCGGCGGCAGCAGGAGCAGAACCUGGAGAGGAAACGGCAGCAGAGGGAGCGGCACAGAGAGCGCAGCCUGGCCGGGAUGGGCCGGGCCCCAGGUGGCCCCACAGGUGGCCCAGGUGGCCCCACAGGUGCCAGCGGAGGUGACAGCGACGUCGAGGACCCCGGCGCACCUGAGGCAGGUGAGGCCGAGGCGUCGGACGAGGACGAGGCCGAAUAUUACAGACAGGAGCUGGGGGAGGAGCCUGACACAGAUUUGUUCCCUGGCUGCUCCAAGAGGAAGCGAAGCCCCUCGGCCGCGCCCCGAGCCCGGAAACGACGGAAGAGGAGCCCAAAAUCCACCCCUGGAACCCCAAAAUUCACCCCUGGAACCCCAAAAUCCACCCCUGGAACCCCAAAAUUCACCCCUGGAACCCCAAAAUCCACCCCUGGAACCCCAAAAUCCACCCCUGGAUCCCAAAAAUUCCACCCAGGAACACAAAAAUCCCACCCAGGACACCCCAAAAACCCCAAAUCCCACCCAGGAACCCCCAAAUCCCGCCCUGGAAAUCCCAAAUUUCAUCCUGGCACCCCAAAAUCCCAACGGGGAACCCCAAAAUCCCAUCCUGGAUCCCAAAAAUCCACACCUGGCACCCCAAAAUUCCAUCCUGGAUCCCAAAAAUCCACACCUGGCACCCCAAAAUCCCAUCCUGGAUCCCAAAAAUCCACACCUGGCACCCCAAAAUCCCACCCAGGACACCCCAAAACUCCCAAAUCCCACCCCAGCAAAGCUGGAACCCCCAAAUCCCAACGGGAAACCCCAAAAUCCCACCCAGGACACCCCAAAAACCCCAAAUCCCACCCAGGAACCCCCAAAUCCCGCCCUGGAAAUCCCAAAUUUCAUCCUGGCACCCCAAAAUCCCAACGGGGAACCCCAAAAUCCCAUCCUGGAUCCCAAAAAUCCACACCUGGCACCCCAAAAUCCCACCCAGGACACCCCAAAAACCCCAAAUCCCACCCCAGGAAAGCUGGAACCCCCAAAUCCCAACGGGAAACCCCAAAAUCCCACCCAGGACACCCCAAAAACCCCAAAUCCCACCGGGGGAAGCUCCUGAGCCCCCGGAAAAUCCCAAAUUUCCCUCGGCCAGGACAGGCCCGGAAAAGGAAAAAUUGAGAGGGGGGAAAAAAAUUUGGGGAAUUUUGGGACCCCCCCCGAUCCCGCCGGGGUCGGGAAUUUGGGGGCUCUGGGCGGAUUUUGGGAUUUCCAGGGGAAUUUUGGGAUCCCCCAAAGCCCCCCCGUGUUCCCAUUCCGGCUUUUCCCUGCUGGGAUCCCCCAAAAUCCGGGAAAAUCACCCCAAAAAAAAAGUGGGAGAACGGAAGAAAAGGGGAACAAUCCCAAAAAAUGGGAAAAAAAUCCUAGAAAAAUGGGGAAAAAAUCCCCAAAAAGGUGAAAAACCGGCGGGAAUAAAGUUGGAUCCACCCCAGGAA